GCAAGUGUCUGUAACUGCGAUAUGCUCCUUAUUCGAAAUUAAAUUCGACUGACCUUGAAUUGUAGGUAAACAAAUGGUGCUAGAUACAUUGAAAUUACCGAUAAACAAUUGCUUAGUGUAACUUAAAUACACGUGAAAUGUGUAACCCAUGAUCAAUGCAUAUUUGUGAACGAUGAUGAAUUUUAUUACUGAUGGUCCAAAGAUCGGAUUUUUUUGUGCUACGGAGGCAAAACCCAGUUUUAAAAUAAAACGGAGCAUAUGCUUGUGUCACCUCCAGUCUGUUGAUCAUUCAAGUAAUACGAUCAUGUGAAAAAGAUGGUUAUUUUUGGGUAUUCGCCACCAACAGAGUUACGGGCUGGGGCACAUUUGUCUGGCGACAACAAGCAAGAUAACAGUAAAUAGGAUCUUCAGCACAAGCAAGCUUUUUUUUUCCUUUCCAAAAGAGAUUGCGGGAAAUGCAGGCGUUCGAUUCAUACAGUUCUGUUGAUUUCUUCUCGGCUAUAAUCUUUCCUCGGGACAAGACAUUUGGUGAGGGGAAAUGUGAACAGGCUUAAAGUAUGGCAUGCAAAGAUGGUUUCUGCCAAGAAGGAGAUGGUGAUUGCGAUGUCCUCCAGUUACAUUUCCACUCUGAUUUACUUUCUCUGCGUGACAGCAUGUAUAAAGAAAAGCUCUGGACAGAUCAGAAAGGAUGAGAAAUUAUAUCCUGAAAAUUUCACUCGCAUACUAGAUCGACUUCUGGAUGGCUAUGACAACAGGCUGCGACCUGGAUUUGGGGGUCCAGUUACAGAAGUUAAAACAGAUAUUUAUGUAACAAGCUUUGGACCAGUUUCUGAUGUUGAAAUGGAAUAUACAAUGGAUGUUUUUUUUCGCCAAACAUGGGUAGACAAAAGAUUAAAAUAUGACGGCCCCAUUGAAAUCCUAAGGCUAAACAACUUAAUGGUCACAAAAGUGUGGACACCUGAUACUUUCUUUAGAAAUGGAAAAAAAUCUGUCUCUCAUAACAUGACAGCUCCAAACAAAUUAUUCAGAAUCAUGAGAAAUGGUACUAUUCUGUACACUAUGAGGCUUACAAUAAGUGCAGAGUGCCCAAUGAGACUUGUGGAUUUCCCAAUGGAUGGACAUGCUUGCCCUCUUAAGUUUGGAAGCUAUGCAUAUCCCAAAACUGAAAUGAUCUAUACCUGGACCAAAGGACCACAAAAUUCAGUGGAAGUUCCUGAAGAAUCAUCAAGCUUAGUACAAUAUGAUCUGAUUGGACAGACUGUUUCUAGUGAAACUGUGAAAUCAAUUACAGGUGAAUAUAUUGUGAUGACAGUUUAUUUUCAUCUGAGACGGAAAAUGGGCUACUUUAUGAUUCAGACAUAUAUUCCAUGCAUUAUGACAGUAAUCCUUUCUCAAGUGUCAUUUUGGAUAAAUAAAGAAUCCGUCCCUGCAAGAACUGUAUUUGGGAUAACAACUGUUCUGACAAUGACAACAUUAAGCAUAAGUGCAAGGCAUUCUUUACCAAAAGUUUCAUAUGCCACAGCAAUGGAUUGGUUCAUAGCGGUAUGCUUUGCCUUUGUGUUCUCUGCUCUCAUUGAGUUUGCUGCUGUGAACUACUUCACAAAUACACAAAUGGAGAAAGCAAAAAAGAAGCAAAUGAAAUGUCCACCAGCGCCUAAAGUAACUCCAAUAAAGAAGGCAAAUGACAGUGAAGAAGUGCUACAGUGCCUCCUCAUUGAGACACCUGCAACAGGUUGCGCCGCUGUCCCGGGACCUUUUCCUCCCAGUAAGCCAAGGCUACUUAGCUUCUCCGUCAGAAUACUAAAUCCUGAUACAAAUGGCAACUUGAGAAAAAGAAUGAACUACAUGACUCAACCAGAUUCUAACAGUGACCAAAGAACUGAUGCUGGCAGCAAUAACAAAGGGGGAGUUUCAAAACAAUCCUUAGUGGGCCAAGUACCUUCAGCAGCAUUGUCCUCUAUGUGUCAUUCAAGUCCCAAUCCUUUCAGUCACUCAAAUAUAACCUCAGCUACACUGUUAUCAAGAAUCACUCCACCGGCACCACCCUCAACUCCAACUGCAUCAACUCGUAUCACAACUAAUGUUUUUGUGGGAUCUGCCUCUAUACAGCAAUUGCUUGGGCCCAAACUUGAGCACAUUCAAAUGGCUGGAGACAAAAUGGAGUUUAAUCUAAAACAGGCAUCACCAACCCCCGCAGCUCCUGCUUCUACUCCUACUGCAUCUGGAACAAGUAAAAUCGACAAGUAUGCACGUAUUCUUUUCCCAGUUUCCUUUGGGGCUUUUAACAUGGUUUACUGGGUAGUCUACUUAUCAAAAGACACCAUGGAGUCAACAGAUGGAUCAGCCUAAUCUGGUGUUUGUCUUUUUCUAUCAUUGCAAAAAAGUAAUAGUACUAACUGUAGGGGCUUAUUUAUCUAGUUUUUAAAUGAUGUCAUCAUUUUCCAAUAUUGAUAGUACAGAAAAAGCUAAAAAAUGAAAAUUAAAACAAUUACCUCAGGCACUGUAUACAGAGAGUAAACAUAUAAAAAACAUUCAUGUGUUGUCAAAAAAGCUAUUUCAUAAUGAGCAUGUAUAGAACAAAAGCAUUCCAAAUAUAUUAAAUUGCAUUAAUUAAGCUUUGUGUUUUUGGUGGAUGUAUUUGGAUGUUAGUGAUAAAUUAUUUAAUCCAGCAAUAUCAAUUUGUUAUUUUUAUGUUACAAAGCAUACAUCCAUUAUUAAAAGACAAACUCAUUGACUCUAAUGUCUUAUUAGCUGGAACAAAAGAAUGAUUUGCUCAUCUUUCCUAUCAUUUUUGUGACCGAUAUGUGCUCUCAAAACACAUUAGAAAUCUAUCAUUUUCAUGUUUUAACCAUGUGCAAUGCUUCCCCUUGGGUCUAUAAUAGGAAUAGUAUCAGUAAAUGAUAACUUGGUUCAGAUGUUUGGGUUUUAUUGGUCUUAUGAGUCCCCUCCAAAUAUGUAUAAAAAUGUAUACUGUAGAUGUUUACUUUCUAGCUCAGUUUCUGCAUUUGCUUUUGUAUCCAGCAUUACCUGUAAAUUAAUUUUGCAAUAUAUCUUAGAAUGAUUCACACCAUACCUUUGCUUUACACUGUAGUGUUAAACUAUUGUAAAAUAGCUCAGUGGUAUAAUGACACUUUUGAUCAUCCAUGCAGUAGUAUACCCUGAACCUUCAAGGUCUUGUUGACCUUUCUACUAGAGUGGGCUACUUGAUGUUCCUCUUGUGAUAAAUUCAAUUGUGUAUCGUUCAUACAAGCAACUCAGGACAUGAAAGCAAACAAAGAAACUAAGACGACAGCUGUGAAAUGUAUUGGUUUGUGGGGAUAAACCAUAAGACCUUAUAUUUGACCAUAAUAACAAUUUUUUUGGGAAUGGGUUCAAUGUUUCUUAACUCGUAGUUGCAUUCCAUUUGCUCUUCCUUCUAAUAAAGGUUUUCCACAUUAAUUGUUUUUUUCCAGUCUCGUUAGGUAAGCUAGGAAUUUCAGGUGGAAUUAAAUGAUUAGGCACCUCAAAAUACUAUCACUGCAUACUAUUGAUGAGUUUUAGACAAAAAUAUACAUUUUUGCCAUUAUGCAUAAAUUAUUACCUACUGUAUGACUGGUAUAAAUGUUCAGUUUUAGUUUAUACCAAAACAGCAUAUAAAGCAUGUGUAUGAUGGAUUUUGUCAGCAUUAGCAUAUUAAUACAAUUUGAUAUAUGUAAUUAGAUACAAUUGUAAAUGCUUUAACAAUGAACAUAACAGUGACCACAGAAUACUUUAAAUCAAAAGUGUUGAAAGAAUCUGUUAAAUAAUGCCAGAAAGAAGUUAAACAAGAGCUCACGUUGGACAUACAUAAGAAUUACAAAUCCUCAGAAGUGUUGCCAUAACUUUCUUUUAACCAUUAACCAAUUGGCAAAUGAUCUUUAAAUUGUCAUGUUUAGGGAUUUCACAGAUACUUUAAGACUGAUGAUAUGAUGUUCCAGAAGAGCUUUGACCAUCUUAACUCCAUCAGCCUAACUUCAGGAUCAAGAAAAAUGAGGAGCAAGUGAUAUAGGAGUAGCAUGAUGCCAGGUUAACUCACUGAAGAAUCCAUAGCUUGCCUUGAUUAACCUAACAGUUAUAUCAGGGUCUACACAUAGCAAAAUGCUAUU